CAGGUCUGGGAGGCGACCUCGUCCUCGGAUUUGAGUUCCAGGGUGGAUGAGCUGGGAAUGUGUGUGUGCCUGGGGUUCUCAGUGUAGGUGUGCGCAGGGCGUGGGUGCCAUUGUGUGUGAGACAGAGGGUAGGAGACAGGUGCUUUGUGGCCCUGGUGUGGGAGAUGGGGCUUGCACCUAAUGUAGGUCCCUGGCCUCCAGAAUAUAACUUGGGUAUGGAAUGAGUGUCUGUCCCUGCAUGGGUGCGUCUAGCCCCCGUCAAUGACCAAGUUGCUGGUGGUGUCAGGCCCGCAAUGGCCACCCCCACAAUGCUAGCGCCCCCUUCUGGGCACCCUACUCUGUGUGCGCUCACGAUUCGCCAGUGCAGAAUGAGGACCCAGGGCUGGGGAGGAAGAAGGCCCUGAGGAAGGGCUGAGCUGGGACCCCUGGGGCCUUCAUGGAGUUGACUAGGGAGCGCGCGGUUCCCAGGCUUAGGCUUCCCGCUGACGCCUCCGGGCUGGAGCCGCCCCCCCACAGGAAUGUUCCUCGGCACUACAGCCCGCCUCCCCAAGGGCAGGCCCCUGGGGGACGCCUCAGCCCCGCCUCCCCUCGCCGGGCGCCUAGGAGGGAGCGACGCGGGCAGGACGCCUGGGUUCUCUCCUCACCCUCCCAUCCCAGGGAGAAAUUCCUCCGAGGAUCGGUCUGAGCCCCUUGGGGAAGCUUCCGGAGCGUAGCCUGGGUCCAGCCCACCAGCCCCGGCAGCCAUGGCGGGCACCCUGGACCUCGACAAGGGCUGCACAGUGGAGGAGCUGCUCCGCGGCUGCAUCGAAGCCUUUGAUGACUCCGGGAAGGUGCGGGACCCGCAGCUGGUACGCAUGUUCCUCAUGAUGCACCCCUGGUACAUCCCCUCCUCUCAGCUGGCUGCAAAACUACUCCACAUCUACCAACAAUCCCGGAAGGACAACUCCAAUUCACUGCAGGUGAAAACUUGCCAUCUGGUCAGGUACUGGAUCUCAGCAUUCCCAGCAGAGUUCGACUUGAACCCAGAGUUGGCUGAGCAGAUCAAGGAGCUGAAGGCUCUGCUAGACCAAGAAGGAAACAGGCGGCACAGCAGCCUCAUCGACAUCGAGAGCGUCCCCACCUACAAGUGGAAGCGGCAGGUGACCCAGCGGAACCCCGUGGGACAGAAAAAGCGCAAGAUGUCCCUGUUGUUCGACCACCUGGAGCCCCUGGAGCUGGCGGAGCACCUCACCUACUUGGAGUAUCGCUCCUUCUGCAAGAUCCUGUUCCAGGACUACCACAGUUUCGUGACUCAUGGCUGCACCGUGGACAACCCCGUCCUAGAGCGAUUCAUCUCCCUCUUCAACAGUGUCUCGCAGUGGGUGCAGCUUAUGGUCCUCAGCAAGCCCACAGCUCCUCAGCGGGCGCUGGUCAUCACACAUUUCGUCCACGUGGCUGAGAAGCUGCUCCAGCUGCAGAACUUCAACACUCUCAUGGCAGUGGUUGGGGGCCUGAGCCACAGUUCCAUCUCCCGCCUCAAGGAGACCCACAAUCACGUUGGCCCUGAAACCAUCAAGCUCUGGGAAGGUCUGACGGAACUAGUGACAGCUACAGGCAACUAUGGUAACUACCGGCGCCGGCUGGCAGCCUGCGUGGGCUUCCGCUUCCCCAUCCUGGGCGUCCACCUUAAGGACCUGGUGGCCCUGCAGCUGGCACUGCCUGACUGGCUGGACUCUGCUCGGACCCGGCUCAAUGGGGCCAAGAUGAAACAGCUUUUCAGCAUCCUGGAGGAGCUGGCCAUGGUGACCAGCCUGCGGCCUCCCGUGCAGGCCAACCCUGACUUGCUGAGCUUGCUCACGGUAUCUCUGGAUCAGUAUCAGACGGAGGAUGAGCUGUACCAGCUGUCUCUGCAGCGGGAACCACGCUCCAAGUCCUCGCCAACUAGCCCUACCAGCUGCACCCCACCUCCCCGGCCCCCAGUGCUAGAGGAGUGGACUUCGGCCGCCAAGCCCAAACUGGACCAGGCCCUUGUGGUGGAGCACAUAGAGAAGAUGGUGGAGUCUGUGUUCCGGAACUUUGAUGUCGACGGGGACGGCCACAUCUCACAAGAAGAGUUCCAGAUCAUCCGUGGCAACUUCCCUUAUCUCAGCGCCUUUGGGGACCUGGACCAGAACCAGGAUGGCUGCAUUAGCCGGGAGGAGAUGGUCUCCUACUUCCUGCGCUCCAGCUCGGUGCUAGGAGGCCGCAUGGGCUUCGUACACAACUUCCAGGAAAGCAACUCGUUGCGCCCUGUCGCCUGCCGCCACUGCAAAGCCCUGAUCCUGGGCAUCUACAAGCAGGGCCUCAAAUGUCGAGCUUGUGGGGUGAACUGCCACAAGCAGUGCAAGGACCGCCUGUCAGUGGAGUGCCGUCGCAGGGCCCAGAGUGUGAGCCUGGAGGGCUCUGCACUCUCCCCCUCCCCCACGCACACCCACCACCGGGCCUUCAGCUUCUCCCUGCCUCGCCCUGGAAGGCGUGGUUCCCGGCCCCCAGAGAUCCGAGAGGAGGAGGUGCAGGCCGUGGAGGAUGGCGUGUUUGACAUCCACCUGUAAAGAUGCUGUGACUGUAUCAAGGACUCAUUCCUGCCUCGGAGAAAAUAUUUGGACCAGAGCAGGGAGCCUGGGGUUCUGGGGCUUGGUGUGAGGGCGGCAUGUUCUGAGGGCAGGGUGGGGACAGUGUCCCUAAGGUUGUACAGACUCUUGUGAAUAUUUGUAUUUCCAGAUGGAAUAAAAAGGCCCGUGUAAUUAA